AUGGCGUCUCUUCUUCACACUGCCACUAUACACCAAGGCCGAGCUGCCAUUAACAGAGCUCACAUGCUCUUUCACUCCAUUUUCAUCAUCCUCUUGUUCUACUACCGCAUCUCCUCUCUCCUCCAUCCCCCAACUGAGGAGAACUUUUCUCUCACUGCAACGACUCUCAUUCUUGUUUCUGAGCUCAUUCUCUCCUUCCUCUGGGUCUUGACUCAGUCGUUCCGGUGGAGACCGGUGACUCGCUCGGCGUUCCCAGAGAGACUUUCCGGUGACCAAGAGUUGCCGGCGAUAGACGCGUUUAUAUGUACCGCUGACCCUAAGAAAGAGCCGACAUUAGAUGUGAUGAACACUGUAAUAUCAGCCAUGUCAUUGGACUACCCGCCGGAGAAGCUUGCUGUUUAUGUUUCCGAUGAUGGUGGUGCUUGGGUUACCUUGAUGUCCGUGAAAGAAGCUGCAAUAUUUACAAGGUGGUGGAUUCCUUUUUGCCGGAAGUAUGGUAUCAAGACGAGGUGUCCAGAGGCUUACUUCUCCGGCUACGUCUGUGUAGAUGACCAGACAAUCCGCAGCGAUGAAUUCAUGGCCGAAGCAAAACACAUCAAGUUAAAAUACGAAGAGUUCAAAACUUUUGUCAAAAGUGCCAGCGGCUGCAUCGCUGUGGAAGAUGUUAACACCACCACGGGUCAAGGCCGUGCCCCCAAUGUUCAGAUAAUUUUAGAUACGAGAGGGAAUGAAGAUAACAAUGAGGAGAAGCUGCCACUCCUUGUCUAUGCUUCUCGUGAAAAAAGACCAUUAUAUCCUCAUCGCUUCAAGGCUGGAGCUCUAAACACCCUUCUUCGCGUGUCUGGGAUCAUUAGCAACGCCCCUUACUUAUUGGUUUUGGAUUGUGACAUGUAUUGCAACGAUCCAACCUCAGCUCGACAAGCAAUGUGUUUCCUUCUCGAUUCUCAGUCUGAUCCUUCCUUAGCAUUUGUUCAAUACCCACAGGUAUUCUACAACGUUAGCAAGAACGACAUCUACGAUGGCCAAUCAAGAUCUGCGUAUAAAACUAAGUGGCAAGGCAUGGAUGGCUUGAGAGGACCCCCUUUGUCCGGCACUGGAUACUACCUAAAGAGGAUUGCAUUAUAUCAAAGCCCUAAGCAAAAAGGUUCAAAAUUUCCAACUCUUAACAUAUAUGUGUUCUUUGGUAAUGAUCAAUACAGCAUUUGGGAUCGGAAUUGA